CGCCGACGAUUUUGACAAAGAAUAUAAUAUCGUUUGUGCGCAGGAAUGGACAGCGGCUCCUCGCUGUACAUGUGCUUCCCCUGCUACCAGCUCUUCAGCUCCCUGGAGGAGGUGCUCUCCCAUCAGCUGACCUGCCAUCCGGACGACGCCGGGGAGGAGGCUGCCCCAGCGGCGCCCCCUGGCCACCAGGCUGAGUCAGUGGCGUUGUACCAGUGCACCAGUGCUCAGCCCAGCUCUGACCUCCCCUCCCCCUCCUCAGACCAGCCCCGACAGAAGUGCACACAGUCGUUGGCCCCACAGAACCACCUCUCCCCCACAAAACCCGGAGGAGUACAGGUUCGGGGUCAGCCCUGCGUCAGCCCCCAGCAGCAGAACCCAGCCCAGGGGAACCAGAAGCAGACCUCCCCGAGCGCCGCGCCCCUGAUCCGGUACCAGUGCGGGGACUGCGGGUCGCUGUUUGAGUCCCUGGCCCGAUGGCAGCGGCACCGCAAGCUGGGCCAGUGUGCCGCGCCCGGGUCGGAACUGGACGGGGAUGGAGAGGGGCCGGAGCGGGCCUGCCUCGCCGAGGGGGAGGUGAAAAUCGAGCAGCCUCCGGAGGAGGGAGGGGAGACGCAGGUCGGAGGAGAGACGGAGGAACGGAUGGUGGUGGAAGGGACUGGGGAGAGGGAAGGAGUGGUCAGCCAGGAUCACUCCUACCUUCCCUGCGCUGGAAAGAGGGAGGACAGGGUGGAGGAGGGGACAGCCGGACCAGUGGGGGGCGGGAAUGGUGUGGGGCAGAGUUCUGCUUCUGCUGGUAUGCUCCAGGAGGGGGGCGGUGAGAUUUCCCUUGUUGCAAAUGCAGGAGGUGUCCAUUUUGGUUCAGAAACCAAGCUGACGGACUCUCAGAACGCCCAAGCCAGCGCCGCUGAACAAAUUCCAGAGACAAGCGAGUCUGCGGCCCCCGUCGCCACGCCCACCGUGUCGGAUCAGAACUUCCUGUGCGUGUGCUGCGGGUCGGGUUUCAGCUCGGAGCCGGCGCUGGUGGCGCACCGCAGGACCCGCCACGGCCUGGAGGAGGCGUUGCACUCGUGUCCCGUGUGCGGGGAGACCUUCAUGAGCACCACCCUCUUCCUCUAUCACCGCAGGCAGCACCGGGAGAAGGAGGGGGCGGCGGGGCAGGGGUCCAGGCCGGGGCAGAAUUUGACAAACCCCAAGAGGGUAGUGAGCCUCCCCCUGUCCUCCGCUGCGUCCUCUGUGGGGGUGAAGAGGAAGAUCAGCUCAGGACCCAGCCCUUUACAAAAGGGACAGUUAGCAGCUGCAGGCGGGGAGGAAAAGGCGGAAAUCGCCAAGGAGACGGGCGAGAGCCAGGAUGAGGGCACCUCGGCGGUGCAGUGGGCCGCCCCACCCGACCCCGACACCCUGACCCCCGGGCCCGGCGGCGGAGAGGGGGGCCCGCAGCGGCGGCAGGCACCGGCGCCGGCGUCCCACGCGUGCCCGCACUGCGGCAGGGCCUUCAAGCGGCGCUGCCACCUGCUGACGCACGUCUACAGCCACACGGGCGGCAAGCGCUACAGCUGCGACACCUGCGACAAGGCCUUCUCCUACAAGAGCAACCUGGCGCGCCACCGCCACACGCACGCCUGCGCCAAGCCCUACUCCUGCGAGCGCUGCGGCAAGACCUUCACCCAGUCCGGCACGCUCAAGCAGCACUGGCUCAUCCACGCCAGGGCCGACGCCCUCGGCCAGGCCGGCCACCCGGGGGCCGAUGGGAAGGGGGCGGGGUUUCAGCUGCCGCACCCCUGCCCCGACUGCCCCUCCAGCUUCAAGACGCGCACCCAGCUGCUGAUGCACAGGCACGUUCACACCGGCCAAUACCCUUUCUCCUGCGCUGUCUGCGGUCAGUCCUUCCUACGCAGGAAACUGCUGCACCUCCACUCUCUCAAGCACCAAGGGAAGGAGCCCAACACGUGCCCCCGCUGCUCCGCCCAGUUCGUCAGCCAGUCGCUGCUGGACAGCCACCUGCAGCGAUGCGUGGGGAAGGCGGGGCGGGGGCGGGGCCGGAGCGUGGGCCAGCUGGAGUGUGAGAUCUGCGGGCACCGCUGCGUGACGCAGGAGGGCCUGGACCUGCACCGGCUGUCCCACUCGGGCCAGACCCCGCUGCGCUGCCCCCUGGCCCCCUGCAGGCGCCGCUUUGCCACCGCCGCCGCCCUGGAGGAGCACGUCCUCGCCCACUGCCGGUCCCCCGCCGACCCCGACGCCGGUGGGCCCGCCCCCAAGCCCCGCCCCUUCCACUGCAAGCACUGCGGGAAGGACUUCACCACCGCCUCCUCGCUCAGCGUCCACCUGCGGAUACACACCGGGGAGAGGCCGUACCAGUGCACUCAGUGCGGGAAGCGCUUCCGGCAGAUCCCCCACCUGCGUGACCACGAGCGUCUGCACAGCGGGGCACGGCCCUUCAGCUGCUCGGUGUGCGGGAAGAGCUUCGUGCUGGCGGCCCGGCUGGCGGAGCACGCCCGCACCCACAGCGGGGACAAGCCGUACGCCUGCCCCCUCUGCCCCCGCGCCUUCCGCUCCCUCUCCAACCUGGGCAAGCACCGCAAGACCCACGGCAAGGGGCCCCCCGGGAAGGGCCCCUCGGGCAAGGAGCCCGGCGCCGAGGGCGAGGCCGCCGUGCGCACCAUCCUGCUGGUCCAGGCCACACCCGCCUCGCUGGAGGGCGACACCCAGCCCGCCGUGGGGACCCUGUCCCUCGCCUCUGCCCCCUCGUCUUCCUCGUCUUCCUCGCAGCUGGUCCUCCUGCACCCGUCCAUGUCGGUGGGAGAGGGCCAGGAGGCGGAGAUGGUGCCCUUCGUACAGCACGCCUUCCAGGUCAUCGUGGAGGAGACCGUUUGAAGACAGGCGAACAGGAGAGAGGGUGUGUUAAAAAAAAAAAAAAAAGGAGAAAAUGGAGGGGUGGGGAAAGGAAACAGAGGCAGGGAAAGAAAUAGGCAAGAGUGAAAGGGGGCGACUUUCAGAUGUUAAACAUUUAGGAGAGGAACAGGCAGGAUCAGGUCAAGGCUGAAGACUGAGGGAGGGAAUAUGAUAAGGGUCCAGGCGAUGAUAGAGUUUAAAAGGGCAGAGAGUUUAGGGAAAG